GGAGAGGGGAGGGCGGAGACGGGGCCAGCCCGAGGAAAUCAAACGGCCCCGACAUGAAUUAGGCAGCGGCUGCAGAGGGGAGGGCCCCCUCCCCCCUCGUUCGCUGGUCCCCGCACGGUGCCGGCGGGAGCAGCGCCGCCCCGCUCAGAGCGGCGGCUCGGGGCACGCACACACACACGGACCGGCGGCGGCCGGGCGGGGGGGCCGGCAGAUGAAGAUGGCAAUGUCUGUGAUCCAAGCGUGCCGCAGCCUGGCGCUCUCAACAUGGCUGCUGUCCUUUUGUUUCGUGCAUCUGCUGUGCCUGGACUUCACUGUGGCCGAGAAGGAAGAGUGGUACACGGCCUUCGUCAACAUCACCUACGCCGACCCGGCGGCCGGCAGCGCCGAGCUCCGCAGCGAGAAGAGCGAGUGCGGGCGCUACGGCGAGCAGUCGCCCAAGCAGGACGCCCGCGGGCAGGUGGCCCUCUCCGCCUCGCCCGCAGAUCGCUACGCCUGCGACCCCGGCACCCGCUUCAACGCCCCGGCGCCGGGCAAGAGCUGGGUGGCCCUAAUCCCGCGGGGAAACUGCACCUACAAGGACAAGAUCCGCCACGCCGCCGCCCAGAACGCCUCCGCCGUCGUCAUCUAUAACUUGGGCUCCAGCAACGCCAACGAGACCAUCACCAUGCCUCACGCAGGCUUAGAAGAUGUUGUAGCAAUAAUGAUUCCUGAACCCAAAGGAAAAGAAAUAGUGAGCCUCCUGGAAAGGAACAUUACUGUGAUGAUGUACAUAACCAUUGGAACACGCAACCUGCAGAAGUACGUCAGCCGGACCUCAGUGGUGUUUGUCUCCAUCUCCUUCAUUGUGCUGAUGAUCAUCUCCCUGGCAUGGCUGGUCUUCUACUACAUCCAGAGAUUCCGCUAUGCAAAUGCCAGAGACAGAAAUCAGCGCCGGCUUGGAGAUGCCGCGAAGAAAGCAAUCAGCAAGCUGCAAGUCAGGACGAUCAGGAAAGGUGACAAGGAGACUGAGCCAGACUUUGAUAACUGUGCUGUUUGUAUCGAAGGCUACAAGCCCAAUGAUGUUGUCAGGAUAUUGCCUUGCAGGCAUCUUUUCCACAAGUCCUGUGUUGACCCCUGGCUGCUAGACCAUCGUACCUGCCCCAUGUGUAAAAUGAAUAUUCUGAAAGCUCUAGGGAUUCCGCCAAAUGCAGAUUGCAUGGAUGAUAUACCUCCAGACUUGGAAGCAUCCAUAGGAGGACCACCAACCAACCAGAUCACGGGAGCCAGCGACAUAACCGUGAAUGAGAGCUCAGUGGCCCUGGAUCCCCCAGCCCAGACUGUGGGAGUGCUACAAGUCAUCCAAGACGUAGACUCCUUUCCCCAGGCUGGUGAGGGUAACUUCACAACAAGCAAUGAACAGGAGCCAGCAGUCAGCAGUGAUUCAGAUAUUUCAUUGAUUAUGGCAAUGGAGGUUGGACUGUCCGAUGUGGAGCUUUCCACUGAUCAAGACUGUGAAGAGGUGAAAUCUUGAAAAAGAAACAGAGAUCCAACACUAAAUGACAGGGGAAGGUCACAGGUAGGAACCGAGUCAGCUUUCUAGGAUUUGGACCAGUCAUGCACAUGCCUCCAGAGCACUGUCACUCCUGCACACUCCAUACUGAGAUGGUCAUGAAAA